AUGGAAUUGAAGGUGGAUGAGCAUUAUUCUUUUAUCCAGAGGACGAUCCACACAAAGAACUUCCUGUAUUACUUGACUGAGCCAUACAGGCUUAACACCAUAUACUGGUCUGUGAAUUCCCUAUCAAUGCUAGGGAAGGAAGAAAUAGAGGAGAUGAAGGGCCGAGUGAUUGAUUAUGUGAUGAGAUGCAAGAAUGAUGAUGAUGGAGGGUUUGGAGGAUGUGAAGGAUACUCUUCGAACAUAACAAGCACGUUUAAUGCCUUACAAAUACUUUAUAUCUACCGUAUCCAUUACCGUGAUAGAAGUACUGCAUCAUUUAUAUCAAAGUUACUACAGCCUGAGGGAUAUUUCUUCAAUGAUAGCUAUGGAGAGGUAGAUACUCGAAUCAAUUGCUGUGGAGUACUAGGGUUGCAUUUGCUAUCUCUAUUGGAAAAGGGAGACUUUGAUCCCAAAAGCUUAUCAAGCCCUAUAUGUAAGGUAUUUCUAUCUGAGGUUGGAAUCGAUAUAAAAACGAUUGUCUCAUACACUCAGAAGUGCUACAACCUAGAUGGAGGGUUUGGGGCCGUUGAGGGGGCUGAAUCCCACGCUGCGCAAGUAUUCUGCUGUUUGAGUACUUUAAGAUCGCUUGGGGCUCUAGAGCUGAUAGAUGUGGAAGGGGUGACAAGAUUUGUAGCAAUGAAACAGAUGGUCUCUGGAGGCCUUUCUGGAAGAGUAAGCAAGAAAGAAGAUGUUUGCUAUUCUUUCUGGGCAUACUCUUCCCUUGUCCUCAUUGGAAGGGAAAGCCGUGUGAAUCAGAAAGAGCUUGUAAAGUUCAUACUUGCAUGUCAGGGGCGAUAUGGUGGGUUUUCUGACAGGCCUGGGAACGAGGCAGAUUUAUACCACCUUAUGUUCGCUCUAGCUGGGCUCUCGUUACUUGGUUAUAAAGGACUUAAGAAGAUUGACCCUGGGUUUGGGCUAUAA